CUAAUAGAGGAGAUGCUGGAGAGGGCUCAAGAGGAGCUGGAGCGUGCUCGACCGGCAAUUACAGCAAUGGAAACCGAACAAGGACUUUUCCACCCGCGAGAUUGCGAAAUUCCAAAUCACGGAUUCGAUGAUCCUCCUCCAUCAUAUGAUCAAGCGUGCAAGGACGAUGAAUCUCCGCCAUUGUACGAAACUCUUGGCUAUGGAAACGUUAUGGCCGUCUUCGGCGCAGAAAGAGCAAGCUCAACAACAGCUAAUCAGAAUUCUAUAGGAAGGGCAUCUGAGGUUACAGCACAUGAGGCACCAUCUCACAGCGUACUCAUUCCACCUAAUUCACGGUCGGCUCCACCCCGACAGGGCAGUAUCUCUGAUGCAGCUUAUAUCUCUACCACAUUACAACAAAUUCAAAACUACGUGGAAGAAAUGCGGGAAAGGUUUUCACAAUCAGGUAAGGGAUAUGAGCACUUCUUGCAGAGCUCACUGGAUUAUGCAAUUGGUGGCUGA